AUGGAGAGAGAGUUCAACGACGAUGAAAUGGAUGGGCAACAAUUUGAUGACCAAUUUGAAAAAGACGAGAGAGAGAACACUCGUGGGACAAUAGUGUCCUUUGUUUCAAUACUUUACCAAAUGGUCGACCUCAAAGACAACGAUCGAUAUAUUAGGUGGUCUUCGAAAGAUUCUGGACACUCCUUCGAAAUUGUCGAUCCCGUUGCGUUCUCAAAGGAGAUCCUCCCAAAGUAUUACAAGCACACAAAUUUCUGUGGCUUCACACGUCAGCUCACACUCUAUGGCUUUAAAAAGGUUUGUAUCAACAACGCGUUUCAAUCAAAUAAUUACAAACAGACAGAAGACGAGUAUCGCUUCCAACACGAGAGCUUUGUGCAAGGCCACAUGGAGUUGUUGAAGAACAUUCAACGCAAGAAACCCGCUUCGCAACGCAAGAAACAGAACAACACGACAGUUCUUUACCAACAACUUUUGACUCAACUUGUCCAGUUGCAGAAACAGAACAUUGACACACUCACUCAGAUCAAUACACUCAAAGAAAUGCUUUAUCAACUCAAACUGCGCGAGGAUUCUUUAGAACUUAAAAUGCAACGCCUUCAAGAAACUUUCAUGCCAAAUCCCGCUUCGUUUGCUUUUGGAUUCAACAUGAUGGGAAACGACAUGCCACAGUUUAACGUCCCACAAUCGAUGAAUGACGACCAAACACAACAAACUGCACAAGCAGACGCACAAAACCAGAACACGACAUCCACAAAUCAAACACACGACACUCAACCACCAUCAUUUGGCGGGUGGGGCGAUCAAGCAUCUCAGUUGCAGUGGAAAUUUUGA